UUCGGCAUGUUCACGAGUUCACAAAACGUCGCCAUGUUUUUCUCGUAUGCAAGUCCAUGCUGCAGGAGAAGGCAAAAGGCCGCUGAUUUCCAUGAAUGGUCGCAAUUUAUCUGAAAAAGAGCUUAAGUUUGAGGAACAUGCACGAUGGGAACUUAUACCAGGCAGAUCCAGUUUCAUCAGUAUCGACUGUGGCAUAGAAAAUGGUAACGAUUAUACUGACAGCGAAACUGGAAUUAGUUAUACAUCAGAUGCGCAAUAUGUUGAAAGCGGAGUAAACAUGAAAAUAUCUGAUUUAUUCUUGUCUCAAACUCAAAAUUAUCAAAAGCUGCUGUCAACUGUUAGAAGUUUUCCUGAAGGAAACAGCAGUUGCUACACGCUAAAACCAACAGCAACUGGCGGAGGCAACAAGUACUUGAUUAGAGCAUUCUUCAUGUAUGGAAAUUAUGAUUUGAAAAGUCAACCACCACUUUUCAAACUCUAUCUUAAUGCAAAUGAGUGGGAUGAAGUAAAACUGGACAAUGCAUCUCAGAUUCUGAUCAAAGAAGUCAUACAUAAUCCUCCUACAGAUUAUAUACACGUCUGUCUUGUCAAUGUUGGCUCCGGAACACCUAUUAUUUCAGCACUUGAGAUAAGAGAGUUGAGCAACACCAUCUAUGAUACUAUGUAUAAUGAUUCGCUAAUCCUCUACAGAAGGUUAGAUGAAGGUGCAAGUUCAACGAUUAGCAACAAAUUCCAGAGGUACCGGGAUGAUUUCUAUGAUCGUAUAUGGGAAGUCCCUGACUACCGGCCUGAUUGGGAACCAAUUAACACAACUUCUUACAUUACUGAAGAAUAUCUUGACAACGCCUAUAAACCUUCACCAAUCGUCAUGAGCACUGCAGUCACGCCUGCGCAUGGAAGUUCGUUGGUGCUGUCUCAAAAUGUUGAUCGAAACCAACAAUUCUACUUGUACAUGCAUUUCCUCGAGGUGGAAGAUCUCCCAUCGACUCAAAUCAGGAAGUUUGCCAUAUAUGUGAACAAUAAAAUCUGGUCCGACCCUGUUGUUCCAGACAGUGGUCCAGAUACCAUCUACAGCACAUACUCUCGGGGUGGUGCUGAUACCCUACUGUUCUCAAUCAUUAUGACAAAUGAUUCUACACUUCCUCCAAUUCUCAAUGCCGUAGAGUUCUAUAUCCGCAAGAAAUUCCCUAUCUUGCCUACAAAUCAAAGUGACGUUGACGCCAUGAUCAGCAUUAGGUCAACGUAUGGUGUAAAGAAAAAUUGGCAAGGAGAUCCAUGUGUACCCGAGGAACUUAGGUGGGAUGGACUAGACUGCAGCACCAAUGAUCAGGGUUUAUACAGAAUCAUUUCAAUGAACCUAUCCUUCAGUGGGUUAGCCGAUGAAAUCACAUUCUCAUUGUCUAAACUUGAUUCACUACAAAGCUUGGACAUGUCUCACAAUGACUUGACAGGAACAAUUCCAGAUUUUUUGGCCUACAUGCCUUCCUUAAGAACAAUUAACUUAUCUGGAAACAAGCUGGAAGGCUCAGUUCCUGCACUUCUUCUUGAUAAAAUGAACAACGGGGCAUUGGCACUCAGUUUGGAUGGAAACCCGGAUCUUUGUUUAUCAGGCCCUUGCAAGAAGAAGAAGUCUCAUAAGCAGAGACUGAUCGUUAGCAUCGUUUUACCGACCAUAUCAUGUCUUCUUGGCAUAGUAAUCGGGGUAGCGAUUUUCAAGCACAGAAUAAAAGCCGCCUCAACGAAGGGUACUCCUUGAUAUCUCAACUUUUCAAAAUUGCACUACUACUCCUUUCAAAAGCAUAAUAUUUUUGUUUGACAUACAAUUUUAUAAAAUUCGAGGGUUCAAAACAUAGCCAAUUGCAAUGACAGGAGUGAUUCGAGAUCUUUGUUAACUUAAACAUCGGAACACUGAUGUAGUACAAGAAAUGCCCAUGAGUCUAUGAGGAAUUUGGUUGUAGGGGUAUGAAAUUGAAAUGGGAUGGUUAUUUUAUCAAUUAUUGUGUUUGGAAA